AUGGUUAGUGCUUGGUCAAUCGGUUUAGCAAAAAGAGGUAACUUAAACGGCUCCUAAUUUGUUCCUGGUCCAGGAGCAUAUACAGUAGAAAAGAAAUAGAAAGUAAUUCCUCCUAAUUGGAAAUUUGGCACAUCGAAUAGAUCUGGUUUUAGGGCAACUUAAAAUCCUGGUCCUGGAUCAUACUUGAUUUCUUCAAAAAAUAUAGGAGCAAAAUUUUCAAUAGGUAGAGAAUAAAGAGCUGAAAAAUCUACUUUUGUACCUGGUCCAGGAACUUAUAAUCCAAAUAAAAGUAGUUGUCAAAGCCCUCCUUAAUAUAGUAUGGGAAUGAAAUAUAACCAUUUAGAUGGUAGGUUUUAACCUGGACCCGGAGCAUAUAAUCAUAAAUCAACAGUUUUAGGAGUACCUUCAAUGAAAUUUCCUAAAUCACAAAGAGGAACUCUUAAUUAAUCAACUAAUAAUCUUGGACCAGGACCAGGAAAUUAUACAAAUGUAAGACCUUAAUCAGCAUCACCACUUUAUGGUUUCGGCACUAGUUAAAGAAACGGACUUUAUUAAUCAAAAUAUACUCCAGGACCUGGACAAUAUGAACUAAAGUCAGCUAUUGAUUUAAAUAAGGGAGUAACAAUGAUCUCAAGAAGAGGAAACAUUGCUUAAAAUGAAGCAGCUAAAGUUCCAGGACCUGGAACCUAUAAUCCUUAAAAUAAAAAUAAAUUAAAAUAGCCAGCAUUUAAGAUAGGAACUUAAACAAGGGACUCAAUUGAUUAAUAAUUUGGUAAAACGCCAGGACCAGGAGCCUAUUCUCCAAGAAUUGAGGCAAAUAGAAUUUCUUCACCUCAUUAUGGAUUAGGAACUGAUACUAGAAAACCUCUUAAUUAAUGCUAGGAAAAUCCUGGACCUGGAUCAUAUGAAGUUCGCCCAAAAACAGCUGAAGGCCCAAAACUUUCUUUUAAAGGAGUUUAAGGUAUAGAUGCUAUUGAAAGAGAAAAAUAAAAAGUUCCAGGACCAGGAUCUUAUUAACCAACUGACUAUUUCGUGAAGGAAAGACCUGGAUCAGCAAAAAUCGGUACUUCCCUUAGACCUUAACUAUAUUAAUCAAAAGAUAGCCCAGGACCUGGAUAUUAUAAUUUUAAAGGCCUACCUUAUGGACCUAAAUGGGGAUUCGGAUCAGGUUAAAGAGAUUUAUAAAGAGGAAAUGAUGAACCAGGACCUGGAAGUUAUAAUAUUCCAAAUACUGUUGGUGAUGUUCCAAAAUUUAUGAUGAAUAGUAAUCCAAGAUCAUAUAUGCCUUGA